CUGAAGACCUGUAGCUUGCGAAGAUAAAAAUGAAAACUUCACCAGUGAAGAUGAAGAAGAUUCUUGGUGUUGUAAGCACAUAAUUUCCGCUACAGCGUUUAUUUUAGAACAACAGCCAAAGAAGAUGGCGCGGGCCCGCAAAAAGACAAAACGAUGGGGUCGUCCAGGAACCAUUUCAUCGAACCACACAGCUUGCUUCCUCACUCUUGUUGCAACCUCCUCUUUCUUGCACUCCACCACCGCGCAACGCGACGGCCGCGCAACGCAGCGGGAAACCGCGGGGUUUGUGCCGCAGGGGUCAAAAUACCUCGGCGAGAACGAAGUGUUCCAUCCGACGUGGCUCCGUAUUGAUUUUCGGUUUGGUUUUUGUCAUAUUACCGUAUUAUGGAGUUCUUGGAGCUACACCUGCUAUUUUUUGAUUUUGUCUUGUAAUGUCGCCGAGCAUGGUGCAAAGUGACUAUGAUACUCAAAUGAGUACAAUUUCUAUACGACCUUCAGGCCUAUGAACUGCAAAAGUAUCGUACUCAUAUAAAUGCAUUACAAAUUUUCUCAGCAUGAGAAAUAAAAUUUGUAAUGCUGAUUUGCCUUGACAAAGAAAUUUGUAAUGCAAGACCUGCAUUUAUACGAGCACGAUGCUUUUGCAUUUGAUAAGGCCGAGAAUCCACGAUUUCCUUCAACGACUUGAGUGACGUAUGAAUUGCAAAAGUAUCGUACUCGUAGUACUGCAUUACAAAUUAGCUCAGCAUGACAAAUGGAAUUUGUAAUUCGGAUACAGCUUAAGAAAGAGAUUUGUAAUGCAUAAAUGCAAUUAAAACGAGUACGAUGCUUUUGCACAGGAUAUGACGAACGAGCCCAAGCUGCGGAAGACGAGCAGAACGAAGAUUCGCUGCGCUGUAUCCCGUGUAAAAACGUCCCCACAACCCCAGAGUUGUCAUGCACAUUUGCAAUGACACGAACACUUGUAAUGCGCUUCCGCAUGACAGGCAUUUCCAAUCGUGUAGUUUUGGAAUUUGUAAUUCUGCAAACAGGAUAAGCAAAUGGAUUUGUGAUGCGGAUGUCCUUACUAACAUGCACUACUACACUGCGGACUCCAUUUUGUCAUGCGUGGCUUCCAAAACUUCUGGAUUUGUGUUGCUGAGUUCCCAACUUGACUUUGGGAAGUUGGGGACGUUUUUACAUAUGAUGCGCUGGCCGCGGUUCAUCGGGAUUGGCGACGGCGACUUCGAGGCGGAGGAUGGCUGGGUAUCAGUAGAGGACAGCGCCUCCGUGGUUAAUAUCAUAUGUAAAAACAUCCCCACCCCAUAGUCAAGUUGGGAAAUCUGCAAGACAAAGUUCCAAGUUUUGAGAGUUCUGCAUGACAAGUUUGGCCUCGUAGUGUAAUCCUGUUUAGCUAGUUCAGAAGCAUCGCAGAUCUGGCACAUCAUGCCGAUGGGAGCGUGACAAAUUUCGAAGCACGAGCACAAAGUGCCUCUCAUGGGGCUCCGCAAUAGAAACAUUUUUACCAUGGAGAUUCGCAUGACAACUCCGGGGUGGGGACGCUUUUACAUAGGAUAGUGAAAUGCGGUUUGACACAGGAAAACCUCCGGACGAAAACGACCGAGCAGUACCUAGUGUCCGGCUUCCGAAGGAAAGGGUUGAAGUCCACCGCCGACUGGGAAAUCGCGUGCCAGAGGCGGGUAUGGAUGGCAAAUAUGUCUGGGUCUAGAAAUUUGUGUUGCUGAAGCUCGCAUCGCAGGUUGGUCGCUUGUACGGCAGAACGGCAUCAGAAAUAAUUUUCAGAGGCAUAUAAAUAUGUUACAGAUUCAUUCGUUCUUGGAAAACGCAUGACAAACUGGCCUCCAGCACGACACAAAAAGUGGCCACUCGUACUCAUGCAUCACAGAUCCUCUUGUCUUUCAGCUCUUGCAUCACAAAUUCCCAGACCCAGAUCGAUAUUUGCAAAGACCAUAACGGGACCAGUCACACUUCACGCCGACGUCGUUUGCGCUGUAUCCCAUGCGAUUGACGAGAUUGGACAACGGGUCCAUCUACGGAAGCUGUUUUGACCGGGGGUUUAUCAAGUGCAAAAAUGUCUGGGUCUGGAAGAAUGCAUGUUUGUCAUGCUUGUCUGGCAUGACUCUUAAAUCUGUCAUGCACGUUACCGAAGAGCUCCGUUUUUCUGUGAUGCAGAAACGCAGUUUGUCGGGCAGAAUAGGCAACACCUAGAAGCUCAGAAACUUGUCAUGCUGAGCCAGCAUUUGUGGCCUUAUCAUGAGACGCCACCCAGCAUCACAAGUUUCCAGACCCAGACACUUUUGCAUUUGAUAGGGCUUGUGUCGAUGAUCAGUUUACACCCGGUGCUCGAACUGUACUGCACUAUGCAUUGCAAAAGUUAGUCGUACUAGUAGGAAUCGCAUCACAAAUUUGCUCGGCAUGCGAAGUGGAAUUUGUAAUGCGGUUCUACCUUUGAGAAAAAGAUUUGUAAUGCAGGACCGCAAUUACAACACUUUGACUUUUGCAGUGCAUAUGCAAAGCAGGGUUUCCAGAGUACAAGCAACAACACGACUUGAUAUGGAUUGCAAAAAUGUCUGGGUCUGGAAGAGUCGGAGCUUGUCAUGCACAUUUUGCAUGGGCCAUGAUGUCUGUGAUGCAUGCCCUAGCAUCACAGGUUUUUUGAGGGAUUCUUGAUACCUAUUCCGCAUGACAAAUGCCCUCUUCCCGUAGCCAAAACUGCACUCCCUUUGCUGCUCAUGCAACACAAAUCUUUUAGACAUCCAAAUGCAGCAUCACAAGUUCCAGACCCAGACAUUUUUGCAUUUGAUACUUAAAGUACGCGGAUUACAAGUACGGGGGAUGGAUAAGUAUUGAAAAUAUUAAUAUUGCCAGUUUGUCAUGCUGAUUCCUGUAUGGAAAAUGGUUUUCUCAUGCUGGUUGUACGAAACGUGAUAAAAAACAAAUCUCUCAACAGCCUGCGACACGCUAAUGGUGCCCCAAGAAGCCGUGAAACUUUUUUCGCUGGAGGAGGCGAUCAGCCGGGGGCGAUACGACCCAGCCACCAGUGAAGAGUGGGUGGGUUGUUCCUGCCCGAAGAAUGAAUACGUGUUCGCAUACAAGGGUAUGGAUAGAGGAAAAGGGCGGUUUUUUGUCAUGCAGUGGGUGCUUGUGCUGGUAUGAGCGUUGUCAUGCAGCAGCUGCUGCUUCUUGUCGUUCUCUGCGACGAGCAGCAAAACGUGAAAUUUUCUCCACGCUAAUAUUCCAGUGCGCAUGACAAACUUUCCUAAUUCUCUAUCCAUACCUCCAAGCCGCAAACUUGUGGACGACGAGCACGAGCUGCUGUCGAUCGAGGUGAAGUGUGCGCCCGGGUUUUAGGUCUGUUUGCAGUGGUUUCUGCAUCACAAACUGUAUGAUGAAAUAGUAUGGAGAAGUGAAGGAGUAAGCUUCUCUGUUGUUGUACCCUUGUAUUGGCACGAAGACGUGGUGGCAGAGUGUCCUCUAUCUAUCUUAUCUCUAGCUCGAGAUGAAGAAAGAAAUGCACCCUUGUACUACUAAUCCCUUAUCGUCGAGUCCCCAAGAUGAACCACGUGUACUUGUGUAAAAUUCGAAGAAACAAGAAAGGGAGAAAGACGUGAUUUAUUUUGCGGCGACCCUCCUGCUAUCAAUCAGGAAAAGGAACUCACGUCAGAAUUAGAAAGCACAGAGC